UCCGGGGCCUCCUCGCCAGCGGCGAGUGCGCGGCGCCGGCCCGGCCGAGAGGCGUCGUCGGCGCGACUCGAUCGCUCCUUGCCGCGGCGGCUGCCAAGGGACCGUCGCCGUCUCGUCGCCUCAGCGUUGCUGUCUGGGCCCAGCCCGCGCUGCCGCCCGCCUUACCUUUCGUCCCUGGCCGGUCCUGCGGGAUGUUCAUUUUAAAGAUUCUGUGAAGAUGAAAAGGGAUCUCUUAUGGCUUUAUGAAAUAUAAAGCAAUACUGUCUGACAUGACGGCAAAAAAUGUUGGUGUGACUUCCACAAAUGGAGACUUGAAAGGAUUUAUAGAUCAGAACCAGAGUCCAACAAAAGGCAAUAUUUCAGUAAUCGCAUUGCCAGUUUCCAGCACCAACUCUCCGACUAAAAUUUUGCCAAAAACCUUGGGACCAAUCAACGUGAAUGUUGGACCCCAAAUGAUCAUAAGCACACCGCAAAGGCUGACCAGUUCAGGGAGUGUUCUGAUUGGGAGUCCGUACAACGCAGCUCCGACAAUGGUCACACAGACACACAUAACAGAGGCUUCUGGCUGGGUCCCAGGGGAGCGAAAACGGACUCAAGAAAUUAUAGAGUCAGAUUUUUCAGAAAGUAAGAGAAGCAAGAAAGGAGAUAAAAAUGGGAAGGGUCUGAGACAUUUUUCAAUGAAAGUUUGUGAAAAAGUUCAGCGUAAAGGAACAACUUCAUACAAUGAAGUCGCUGAUGAGCUCGUAUCAGAAUUCACAACUUCUAACAGCCACCUAGCAACAGAUUCAGCUUAUGAUCAGAAAAAUAUUAGACGGAGAGUUUACGAUGCCCUCAACGUCCUGAUGGCAAUGAACAUCAUUUCAAAGGAGAAGAAGGAAAUCCGAUGGAUCGGCCUUCCUACAAACUCAGCUCAGGAAUGUCAGAACCUAGAGAUAGAAAAACAGAAGCGGAUUGAAAGGAUAAAACAGAAGCGAGCCCAGCUGCAAGAACUGCUACUGCAGCAAAUAGCAUUUAAAAACUUGGUACAAAGAAAUCAGCAAAAUGAACAGCAAAAUCAAGGCCCUCCAUCUUUGACCUCCACAAUACAGCUGCCUUUCUUAAUAGUCAACACUAGCAAAAGAACAAUUAUAGACUGCAGCAUAUCAAGUGAUAAAUUUGAAUACCUCUUUAAUUUUGAUAAUACUUUUGAGAUUCAUGAUGACAGCGAGGUGCUAAAGAGAAUGGGAAUGUCCUUUGGGCUCGAAGCAGGCAAAUGCUCAGCUGAGGACCUAAGAACUGCAAAGUCACUGGUGCCAAAAGCUUUAGAAGGCUACAUCACAGAUAUGUCUGCAGGAUUUUCCUGGAUAAACCAAGGGUUACUUUCAAGUUCAGCACAAGCAGUUUCCCAUUUUGAGGCAGCUGGAGGCACUUAUGAUGCUAAAUCAAGUGAGAAUCCAGGGUUGUGUUUGGAUGCUGAAGUGGCCUUAGCAACUGGGCAGCUGCUUGCCCCUAGCAGUCAGCAGUCCAGCAGUGCAGCGUCCCGGGGGGAGACGCCCUGCUCCUUCAACGAGGAAGACGAAGAGGAUGAAGAUGAGGAUUCUUCCUCCCCAGAAUGAGGACAGUAGAAAAUGGAAUAUACAAAAUGCUGCUCAAAUAUUCCUAAUGGGAGUUCCUGUUUGGAUUUUACUGGUUUCUUGCCUUGGUUUCCACUGCGUUUGGUGAACCAAAAUGGAAGCUUCAAAACAAGUUUAUCCAUAGCUGAAAUUGAAGAAUUGUGUAACUGAACACAGAGUGAUAUGCAGAGACAGAGCAAAGUUGGUUUUAUAAACUAAUGAGGAAAAUAACAAAGUCCCUGGAGAUUUGGCAAAGUACACCUUAAGAUCAUCUUUUCUGUUUUGGGACUCAAAUCUUUGUCUUCCCCUUGUCUUUUUCAGAUGGAGAAGAAAACAGUCAGUCAGUAAAAGCCAAUUCUUGUGUUGUCUUUUGGCUGUGCUGCCUUUAGAAAAAGGGGGAGAGAGAGCACACGCAAAUGUGCUAAAAUCGUUAUUUAAAACUAUCUUGUAUGAAAGUGGUUAUAGGGAAAAGGGGCUGUUAAAAUGUUUGCUUUUUUCUGUUCAACUUGCUGUAUAGAAGAUUCUUAAAGUAAUAUAAAUUGCAAGUGAUUAAAUGAAUCUUGAAAUAGUUUAUAUCCAUUUUAGAUACUCUAAAAUAACAAGUAACAUUAGUAUAAAAGGUUCAUAUGUUCAUUUAUAUUGCAGGCCUAAUUUAUUAUAAGUGAUUAUUCUUAGCCAUUAUUAAAACAGUCAGGAAAAAAACAGUAUUCUCUGCACCAGCUUUUUUCAUGGAAAAUAAGUAAAAAAAUUGUAUUUCUAGAUUACAGCAUAUUCAGUGUAGCUUCUCCUUUACUUUAUCCCUUUGAUAGUAGAGCAUGUCUUGUUUUUUUGAAAAAGGUCUCCCACCAUGUUAAGGAUCUCAGGCAGUGUGUUUUCAAGACAGUCUUGAAAUUUGGAGUGGGUGGGUAGGUCACAUAACUUUUAAAGUCAUAGGCUGAGGUUCUUAGGGAAAAAAAUUCAACAAUACAUCAUUUAAUGUUUUGCAAUCUGGUCAGCUUGGAUUCUGACAGACUUUCUUAUCAGUAACUUAAGUAUCAGUAUCAGUAGCACUCACCUUGAUGCACCUUUGAAAGUUGUCUCAAACCACAUAAAAUAAUCUGUGGCUCAAGUUACCCAACACAUAUCCUAUGUGAACUGUUAAAUUAGACUUGCAGCAGGAGGCUGUUUUCCACAGCUAAUAUCACAUCCAAUCAUAAAGACCUUUUAAAAAAAACCCAAAACCUUGAAUAUCAAUGCAAAAUACACUGUAGAUGUACUCUUCCCAUGGCGUUGCAGUGUCCAGGACUUUGCCUAGCCUCUAAGUUAACUAUUUCUCAUGAGGAAAAUCUUUCCCGUUUUCCCGCUGUCUGUAGGUGGUUGCCCGGUGUCCCAGCUGUCUGAGGCAGCUGUCCUGGCUCUGUUCCUGUGCCAGGGGAUGAGGCAGCUUGUGCUGCUGCUCUCCUGAGCAAUGGCAGCAUCACUCUCACAGCCUGAGCUCUGUCCACAUCAUCUUUUGCAGCCAAACCUGCACUCACUCAGGCCAGCAAGAUCCAAAAGCAUCAAGGCUGAGCUACAGAGAGAAAAAUGAGGCUCCAGCUCAAGAGCUGCCUGGCCGUGUGCAGAGUUAGCCCAGGGCUGGCUGCUCGCAGGACAGAUAAAACUGUGAGGAGUAGACAAGCACCACCCCCACGUUUACAUUACAAAUGGAAGCAUCCAGAUAGAAACUUCUCACAGAUAGUUCAAACUCCUGCACCUGACUGAGCUAUCUGUUUUACACAAUUGAAUAGCAAAUGCACAAACUAAAAUGCCUGCUGUGGUAUUCACCCCUGGAGCAAGACUGUUAAGACCAUCCUGUCCUCAUGGCUCACAGGCAACAGCAGACUGAGGGCUUUACACACCCUCACUUCCACAAAUCUGUAACACUAUCUCCAUACCAGAAAAGCUUUACAGAUACAAGCAGAUAUUCUUGCUGAGAGAGUCAGAGCGUUGAGCCAAGUGACUCAUUUUUGAAAUGGCGGGAGAAGGGAAAAGGUACUUCACACAUAUUACUAUGGAAUUGUCAGCUUCAUGAUUGACAUUUCAUUUAAACAGAUCAUCACUUUCAUUCUUAAAAAACCCAUUGCUUUUUCCAAAAUGCCCUGUCAGUAAGCUUUCAUUGGAAAGGACAGAUCAAAAGUAACUUUUAUAUGCAUGAUCCUAAGGAAUACUUUAUGAGGGAAAUAUUUUCCAAAGUAUUUAUACCUCCCUCUCCCCAACAAUACAUUAACAUUACACUUUCUUCACACUUCCCACUCAAGAUCUGUGUAAAAAGUAAAAACAGCAAAACACUAAACAGUUCCUAAAGAGAAGCACUUUGAACUAUAAGAACCUGGCAAAAAAGGCUUCCCACCCAGGAAUAGAAUGUAUUUUAUUAGUAGUCAGUGGGCUUUCUGCUUUACAGAGGGAAGAUCUUCAGUGACACCUUUCCUCCACUGAUGUCUGUGCCCUUCAAAGCUGCAGCCUGCACAGCUGCUUGCUUUCUGGCAAACAUCAAACUAUCAAAUAAAUAAAGAUAAAAAAUAAAAAAUAUUGGAGCAAAUAACAUUUAUUUGACAGUUGAACCAAGGCUUUAAAAGUUAUUUUUCCUGGACUAGUUGAAUACAAAGGACAAAACAAGUUAGAACAUUAGAAGAGACUUCAAAAGUAAAUUCUUUACUUGGGCAUCCCUUGUGCCAAGUAGCAGUUGAGGAUGAAGUUCAGCUGAAGCUCUGCAGUCUUGUGGCUACACUAAAGUCUAAGAACUAAGAGAAUUUGGGGCCUUAUCCAGCAAUAGUCACCUGUGUAUGGUCUCAGGCAAACUUUUCCAUCAUUCCUGAUGAUCUUAGCUGCCAUAUUUUAAAAAAGACACAAAAACUGCAAACCAAAACAGGUAAAUGCAAGACCUCACCAAAGGCAGCUGCUGCAAUUGUGAGUAAUAAGGGGGUUGAGAAUAUUAACAAACCACAGAGCUCUCACUGAGCUCGUGGCAGUGCUUACACUCAGCUGCUUCAGCACACAGGCCCUCCCUCCUGCUGAGAGCCCAGCAAAUGCUUUCCACAAGAAAAUGGUCAUGACCAAGACUGGCUUCCCCAUUUUCUCUUCAGUUCCCUCAUAAUCUCCUGCCUCAUGCAAUACCCCUGACAUUCGCUGACUGGAAUAAAGCAGCAACUGGUACUAGAUCAUACUUUGGGUUUUUUUGGGGUUUUUUUUGUAAAUUUUCAUGCAAUUUAUAUUUAAGAUAAAUUUAUGUGAAGUUUCUGUGUCUUGAACACUCUCUCUUGGUUAUACAUUCAGGAGGCACUUGACUGCAAGCAAUAUAAUGCUGUAUGUAAAUGCCUUUAUAGCUAUAGUGUAGUAAACAACUUUAUUUCUGGACUAACUUUGUGGUGCUUGAAAAAUCUAAAUUUGACUUAGAAAAAGUUGUCAGCUCCACUAUCUAGAUUAAAAACUCCAAGUGGGAUUCAGCAUUUUUCUAUUAUAUGGAAAUCUGACGCAAUGUUUGUGGAUUUGGGUAUUUAAAAUUGUAUUAAAGCGCACCAGUCUUCUCAUUUCCACAUUGGAAUUAAUGCCAACAGUCCCCCUAAUCUUAGAAAGUGUGUGUAUCUAACAAAUAAGAUCAGCUCAACUGAAGGUAUGACUUAAAGUAACACCAUAAACCCAGUAAAAGCUGCUGUAGGUGUUUGAAUUUUGGUUAGGGGGUUUUAAUUUUUAAACUACAGCUUGCAAAUAGCCCUAAAUCCUUUUGAGUGGCUAGAAAUUGCUGAGGAUACAGAAUUCCCAGAGAAGGGCUUCUGUUGGUCAACUAUAUCAGCCUGAAGUAAUAUUAUGUAAAAAGGCCUAAUAACCAAAUUUUAACCCUGCUGUUUCUUAAAGAAAAAUGAGGCCUUCAAGUACAUGUUCAUACACGAAAUGAUGCUUGAAUAUAGAAUUCCACAGUUAAGGUUUAAAAUUUCAAGUGCUCUUUCUUUUGACCAAAUCCACCACUCCAAUUUAAGAGUAUGGCUAAAACUUGACCAUAUUUGAACUCUGGGCAGUACUCAUUUUUGUAGUUAACUGGCCCUUUUUAGCUGAAAAUAAUCCAGGCAGUUGAUUGUAAAGACUUUCCUUUUAGCUAAUUAAAGAUGUUUGGGGUUUGGAUUCAUUUAAAAUGAAAGCUAGUACCACAGGGUACAGUAUAGAGAAACAAACCAAAGCAAGCUAUCUUCUGCUUGACUCACCUCAGUUAUAUCUUAUCAUUCCAGGAAUCUCUCAGGAACAUCAUUAUAUUAAAUAACCAGAUGUAAUGAGCUGGGGAAAGACUAUGUAUGCUUUUUUAAUUUUUGAUUUUAAAAAUUCUACUAAUAGCCAUACUUUGAGGUGACAUCCUUCUGCUGCAGUUGGGUCACUCUGAGGCUGAAGGUGUCCCAGGUGUCAGCACUGGGAAGUGGUGCCUCUUGCAGCAGUAGUGAUGAACAGGGGAGGGAGAAGCCAAGGACCUGUUUAUGGAGGUUUGUUUAAAAGUGUGCCACUUCUUGAAUUCUGGCCUCUGUCUGCAAGCAAUGCACCAAUGAAUCAUUUGUGAUGUUGUGGACAUCACACACCUACCUGAGCACAUGGAAAGCUCCAAGUACUUAAUUUUCUACUGGCAGGUGUUCGCACAACCCAAUCCUGAUACCAUAAAACUUCAUGAAACUCAUUCCUUAGACUUAACAAAGUUCCCAAAGCAGAUUAUCUCUUUCCUUUUUAACUGUUAGAAUUUUGUCUGGUGAGUAUUUUUAAGAGACUGUGAAUAACUUUUCUCUCCCCAGUCCAGGUAUAUUGCCAAAAAAUACCCAUAACCAGUGUUGAUCCCAAUUGUUCAUUCCAUCUGCAAACGAUUAUUGUCCUUCCAGGUCACUGCUGAGCUGCAUGUGCAAGAGCCCCCCCAGCUCCUUCAGUCUGGGUGCCUGAGGUGGCAUCCAUGAAUCCCUCCCCAGCUGGCACUGGACAGGGAGGGGAGGGAGUGCUCAUUACAGCAGCCUGGCAGUAACAACUGCAAGGACUCUUUAUCUCAGCCAUAUAGCCACUCUCCACCUUUAACACUACCUUGCCUGCCCACCCAGAGAUCAGACAAAACCCAAAUGUUUUCUUUUCUGCUUCCAUAUAUUUGACAGUACUGAAGAGUCCAAUAUUUAGGAUAUCCACCUAAACUGUAGGACGCCAAAAAUCCUUGCUCAAAAUUGGUCAGAAGUAACAUCUGAGAUGUAACCAUCCAAAUCCCAAGGGAAAGCCUCCUACUUAGGACCAAUAUGGAGCAAAUAAAUACUUUUGCAUUUGUUUAAGAAGAAAAGCAGACUAACCUGGGUCAGGUCAGUCUCUGUAACAGAGCCAUGAUCAUUCCAAGCAGAUACAGGAACCUCCCAGUAGCCCAAGCUUGCAUCUCUUCUUCAUCUUCUGUAUUGGCUAGAAAAGUGCAAUCACCUAAAUCUGAUUUCGCUAAAUGCCAUUCUUAAGUACUCAACUUUCUCCAGGCAUAGGUACUUUAGAUAUAUGGACAGCAUGGGAUAGCAAGAUACAGCAAUGUCAAAUUUAAACCCAGUUGUAGAUGCAAAUCAAACUCAUCUAUGCAGAAACUUUCCAAAACAAAUUGAGUCUUUAUUGGUGGGUUGGUUUUAGCCUAUUCUCCUCUCCAGGCUGAGAGAGGAGAAUGCCUCACACUGCCUGGUUCCCGUGCUGCCCACCCACACAAGCCAGGCAGCCAGAGAGGGAAGAACAUCACAUAUCCACAGCUCUUCCUGCUGACAUUUUCAGGUCACAUACAACUAUUCUGAAUGGCCACAAAAGUUAAAACUAUUAGAAAAGGUUAAGUCCACAAAACCAGUCUCCAGGCUUUUUGAUGGGUUUGUUAAAUUGCUAUUGAAACUUUAACAAAUAGUAGAUUUGGUUGUACUAAUUUAGGGAUUAAGUGGAUCUCCUGGAAUUUCCCCAGGAAAACAUUGGCUGAAUCAUAACCUAUCAUACAAGUUUCUGAAACGUUCCCUUGUCCUAAAGGCCAUGCUGUAUACAUGAAAAAUACUUCAGAGAAGCAUAUGCAAAUGUUAUGACACUGCCUCUCACAAGCACCUACUGUAAAAAAUGAAUCCUACUUUGAAUGAACAUGUAAGAAGUAGGAUGUGAGCCUGUCCUCAUUCCUCAGGCCCUGACUGCAAACCAUGCCCUGGGACCAAGGCACAAGCUUUGUAUUUGCAUAUCCUACUCAGCAUCAGGAAACACUGGCCAGCAAGCACAGGCAGAGUUUUACAGCAGGACUUGUUUGCUGGCACCUGGGGGAUGAUCUGGCAGUGGAUGAGCCCUUGGCAAGGAGGACUGAUUCAUGAAUUCUGAAUGCUGAUGUGCCAUCAGCCCAUGUUCUGAAGCUGCUGUGACAUGCAGCAAGGGGUAGAAAAGGCAGGUCUGGCCCUCCUCCCCCCUUUACAGUAGCACAUUUUAAUAUACACUAUAUUCUACAUGGAAGUAAUUGUAGGGAUGCUUCCUUUUUAUAUUUAAAAUUCAGAAACAACUUGAAAGUCCAUUAACUUUUAAAUUAAACUUUUUAAUAACAAGGCCAGUCAUGGACAAAGCUAUUUAAUGACCUCAAUGCUGAACUCAAAGCAGGGUUUUGUAAACAUGGUAGGUGGGACGAGACAAAUCCAAUUACAAGCAUGCUAAUUAUAUGGGAUUUGAAGUUUUAAUUAAUUUUUUUAAUCUACUCAUCUUUCUCUCCCAAGAUGUGUAUUGGCACGGAGCAUCACACAAACACUUUGGUGUUUUUCUCCCUUUUCUUGUGCUAAACUCUUGUAUCUUCAGGAAAGCCCAAGUUUCCUAUUCAUCUUCAUUUGCUGCAUAUUUUUGAAUUCUCCAUAGAUUUCUUUCUUUCCAAAUACCUAUAAAUUAUAAACUAAAGUUUUAUUUUUGCAGAAAGUCUGCUAUUAAGCUGUGCUGAUUUUUUUGUCCUGAACAAAUAGUGUUAAUUUCCACUACCACAUUUUACGUGGCUAGGAGUAGUGUAAAAAAAUAAUGUGGUAGUAUUUUAUGUGCUUUAAACACUGACAAAGAUAUAAAGAAAAGUGCAUAUACAAAGUUUUACUUUCCUAAUAGGAACACUGGCAUUAGCAAAUAGUAUAUUUGAACCAAUAGGAAAUAUUACUUUGUAGUAGCAAACACUUUGUAAAUAAAUACUUGUUAUUUUUGUAAUGGAAAUUUUAUAGCUUUUUCUGUAUACUCAAUUGAUCCCAUGUUUACUGAAAAUGCUGCAAGUGGGAAUUGUACAUUGUAAAUGAGGGUGGGGAGCAGACAGGCUGGCUGAGGUGAAAGCUGUGUAUGCUUUGGAGAAGAACAAGUUUUCUGUGAACUGAAAUGUAAACCUUAACUGUAGAACUGAAUAAAAGAAUUUCAAGGCAACAGGA